AUGCGUCAUUGUUCUGGAUUUGGGUGCGACUCCAUCUCAAAGAAAUUCACAACUACUGAAGAAGUAUGGCAAGAUUACUUUAAGUCCCACCUAAGUCAAGUGCAUCUUCAAAGAGAAACAUUUGCAGACUAUGAUGAUUUGGUAAUUGCAAUUGGCAAUGGAACGACUACUGGGAAAAACUCAAUUGGACUUGGUGAUGAUACCGAUGCUAAAAUGUAUGAAGUUGGAGAAAGUAGACCUACUAGAUUGUAG